AAAAAAAAAACAAAACAAUAACAAUAACUGAGAGAGAGAAAGAUGAUCCUUCUCUCACUGUCACUUUCAUCAUCAGCUGUUUGAUGCAUUUAUCUUUGAUGCACUUGGAUGAUUCAUUUUGCAUUUUGAUCAAAUAAUUUUAAAUAAAUAAAUAAUCAUAAUCUAUUCUACCAAGAUAUCAAAUUACAAUUGACAUAUUACAAAAAUUAUAACCAUGAAAGUCGACGGUUGCUGUUGUUUGGAUCUCCGUACAGGAACAAUAAUUAUUUUAAUAUUAAAUAUUAUUCAGUACACUGUUCCAAGACCAGCAUUACAAUAUUUAUCAGAAGUUUCAAUUAUUUUUCAAUAUCCAUCAAAUGGUACAAUUGUCCAAUAUCAAUUCAAUGACUGGGCAUUGUUGGCAAUGAUUGUUGGAUAUGUUGUUUAUGGAUUAACUCUUUACGGUGUCAUUGCUAGAAAACCAUCUCACAUGAUUGUGUAUCUUGUUUUAUCAACUGCUUACACAUUGUUCUUUUCUUUGGUCACAAUUUUAUUGGCAUUCAGUGUCAUCAAGUAUCAUGCUGAAGACGCAAUGGGAUUUUCAGUAUUUUUACUGUUCUUUGCAAUAAAUGUGUAUUCACUUCUUGUUGUGUACAGCUAUUACAAGCAUUUACGACAAAUGCAAACAGGUGAAACAAGAAGACUCGUUGAUAGAUAUGGAGCAAUUGCUUAAAUUUUUUUCUAAAAAUAUUCUACUAAUUAUUGAUUAGUUGAUACAGUAGAAUAGAAAAUAAUAUUUAAAUAUCAAAAUGAAUAAUAAUCAUUAAUUAUUAUGUAUGAAAUUAAUAAUCAAAAAAUUAAAUUUCCAAUUUAUAAACGACAAGACUAAAUAAACCAACUUAGUAAUUAAA